AUGUCCGGCGAGAAUUCUGACGAUACUCGAAAGCAGAAGCCAUGGAUCAUGAACGCUUUCGCAAUGGCGUCGCCCGGGCAUCUCGCUCCCGGCCUCUGGCGACAUCCCGAUCAGGAGCCUCAGACUCUUGAACACUGGAUCAAACUCGCCCAGGAGCUGGAAGAGGCAAAGUUCCAUGGCAUCUUCUUCGCCGAUGUCCUCGGUAUCUACGAUGUCUACGGUGGAAAUGGACCAGCUCUAUCGUCUGGCGCGCAGAUACCUCAUAUCGAUGUCUCCUACUUGGUCCCAGCUCUGGCAUAUGCGACGAAGAACAUUUCCUUUGGCAUUACCGCUUCGACUUCGUAUGAACAUCCAUAUACUGUGGCACGGAAGUGGUCGACCUUGGAUCAACUUACCAAUGGACGGGUGGGAUGGAACAUCGUCACGAGCUACCUGGAGAGUGCGGCCAAGUCUUUUGGUCUUGAAUCGACCGUCGACCAUGACAAACGAUACCAAGCAGCUGAAGAGUUCAUGGAAGUGAUUUACAAGCUGAUCGAAGGCAGUUGGGACGACGAUGCGGUCGAGGCGAACAAGACCACUGGCGUCUACAGCAACCCGAGCAAAGUUCAUGCUAUCAACCAUGUCGGCGAAUACUUCAAGUGCAGAGGUCCGAAUCUCGUCCAGCCAACGCCUCAACGGACACCAUUUCUACUUCAGGCUGGUGCUUCAAAGGCCGGCAAAGCGUUUGCAGCCUCACACGCCGAAACAAUGUUCCUGCCCGGGCUUGUCCCGGAAAAGACGAGAGCCAUAGUAGACGAUGUCAAGGCCACGCUCAAGGCGAUCGGACGUCCAGAGGACAGCGUGAAAUUCCUUCCCGGUAUCUUCAUUUGUGUGGACGAAACAGACGAAAAGGCACAAGCGAAAUUUCAGGACCUACUCCAGUACGUUGACCUAGAAGGAACAGCUUCCCUAUUCGGAGGAUGGACAGGCACAGAUCUAUCGAAGUUCUCGGACGACGAAGACUUCUCCUUCAACGGACCACCCGCCAUCGUAUCCAUGAUCAAUGCCUGGACGGCGACCGUUCCUGGAACCAAAGACCAGAAAUGGACGAAACGUCAUGUACUACAGCAAAUGGCGAUUUCUGGAGCCCAUCCAAGAGCCAUCGGAAGUCCUCAGACUGUGGCUGAUAUCAUGCAAGAAUGGGUGGACAAGGCGGGAGUCGAUGGCUUCAACAUCGGCUACGCCACGACUCCUGGAACUUUCCGCGAUGUGAUCAAGUAUCUGUGGCCAGAGCUGAAGCGCCGAGGAGUCUUGCAGGAAGAGUAUGCUGGCAGUAGUAUGCGGGAGAACUAUCUGCAAGAUGGGAAGGGACCGCGAGUCCGCGAGGGCCAUCCAGCACUCAAGUAUCGGAAUCUGUCGGGCUGA